AUGUUGGCGGCACUUUUUAUGGUGGCUUCAGCUGCGGCUGCACCUCUUCAACCUGUUUCUUCUUCACCAUGUGCUUUACUUGAUAGUAAUGCCGCAUACUGGACACCGUCACAGGUUAAAGCAUGUUUCGAAUCCGUCCCAUUCGACGAGAGCAUUCGUCAAAACGUCUUGAAUGUGGUCACUUCUUUGUAUACGAUGGCCAUUUUUCAAUUCAACCAGUUGGGUGACGAAGAUCCUGUUUUGAACCAAGGUAUUGAUAUCAUGGGGGAAUUUGCUCGGAUCAAUACCACCACCUAUUCCUCAGACUUUGACUUCCAAUUCGAUCUCGCCACAUCCAUAUAUGCACUAAACGAUGGUCAUUAUUCUUGGACUCCAUGUUAUUACGCCAUGUUCAAUUACACUCAAGCUAUCCCUAUCAUCUCCGUCCAAGGACCUACCGGUCUUCCAGAAGUUUAUAUCCCUCCUGAUCUCUCUGUCUACUUGGAAGGAUUCAACGCCACUUCCAUCUACUCUACUUUAGGAUUAGACGCCGACGAACUUGCUUCCGCUCAAGUAUUGGAGAUUGAAGGUUUGGACGCUUUGGAUUAUCUGGUUGAUGUAGCCGUACCCCAAGCUGGUGUAUUUCAAGAUCCAGCCCAACGAUUAAAUUAUCAGUUUGCGGGUAUCACUGGAAGAAAUGGUAUUUUCGAUAGAUCCGCAGGACAUUUCACAACCACUUUGACUUUGGAGAAGGAUAAUAUCACGAUGACCGUGAAGACUUUGAAGGGAGAUGUUGUUAAUCUCACUUUACCUUAUUUGAUAAGAUGGAAUUCUGCUGUUCCUUUUAAUUUUUCGUCCGGAGAAGAAUUCUUCCAAAAAGUUUGUUCUGUCAACUCCACCAUAACAUCUUUAUCAAAUUCAACUUCAUCCACCAACUCUACCGUUCCACCUCCUCUCCCUGCCAACAUCACCACAGGAGCUCCCAAUUUCCCCGACGUCGUUAAUCGUGUUUAUGGCACCUGUCCUAAUCUCCCCAAUACAGCUCGUUUCCCAUUGAAAAACGAUCCUACUUUAACACCCAACUAUCUUGGUGGACGAGACAUUCAAUUUUACACACUUCCCAAUAAAACAGAUGUCGGUGUUAUUUACGUCCCAACUUUGGAUCCAGCAGGUAACGAAGAUGAAUGUACAACACGUUUUUUCGUUGAUUCAGUACUUGGUCUUCAAAACUUUUCAAAAAAUGGUAUCACAAAAGUCCUACUAGAUACUACAAACGAUGGAGGAGGAUUCAUUUCCUUAGCUCAACUUCUUGAAAGACUAUUCACAGGAGAGAAAUAUACACCAGAAAAUAAUUUUCAAACCGUUUUUCGAAAAGUACCUUUAUCUCAAGCUUUAUUACAAGCACAUCUUGAUAAUCCUUCAGCUCCUGCAAAUACAUUUUCACCUGUAUCAUAUAGAGAAUCGAAUUUAACGGAUUUAUCAAACGAUACGAAUUAUUUCAAACCUGGUCUUUCAAGACAAAUCAAUAAUCAUACUUUAUACACUUCCGAUUAUAUUUCCGAUUCUCUCGAUACUUUGACAGUUUACAAUAAAGUUGUUCCCUUUACACAGAUGGCACCUUACGCACCUUCCGAAAUAGUCAUCACUGGUAAUGGUUUAUCUGGAAGUGCUUGUGCUUCUUUCAUUAAUUUUUUAAUCGAAUAUUAUAAUACAACAGCUUGUAUUCACACUCCUUUCCCAGAAAAACCAAUUGAAUAUCAAGCUUUCUCAGCUGCUCAAUCUAUCACAGGAGGAGAUAUUUAUGACGAAGCCCAAAGUCUUAAUUUCACAAAUCCGUACGAUUGGAUUUGCGUUGAGGGGAGCUUUGAGUCCGAAUAUCGCCCCGGGAAAGUUUGUGCAAUACCGUACGGUCCCCGCUGA